UCCACGGGCGUCAUUUUGGAUAUACUUACAAUUAUAUACACCAAUUCUUUUGGAUAUACUGCAUAAUGCCCCCCAAGAAAAAGGGAGACGCCCGUGGAGGGCCCAAGCCCGGCACGAAGCAAGCAAAAGCCACGGCUGAGCGAACGGCGGAAAGCGCAAAGGCGCAACAACCUCCAGCACAAGAGCAGAAGAAACCCUCAGUGAAGGAGGUCAUUGGAGGCGCAUCAUGGACCGGGAAAUUGCCUGUCAAUAUGCUGUCGGAGCAUUGCCAGAAGCAGAAGUGGGAGAAACCGGAGUAUACCAUGAAUAAAAAUCGGGAUGGAUUAUUCUCAUCGACCGUUAUUCUGAAGAAAGUCGAUCUCAAGACUCGAGAGACAAUUACCCUUCCUCCAAUGGAGCUCCCUCGAUCUCAUAAACCUUUCUCGGCCCAACCGACGGCGCUCGAAGCUCGCCAUUUCGCUGCUACAUAUGCCCUAUAUCGUGUUUGCAAUAUGCGGAAUCUGCACAUGAUGAUGCCUCCUAACUAUAGGAAGUUAUGGAAAGAGGACUUCUCGGAUCUCAGAACUGCGGAUAUAAAAGAAGGGAAAUCUUGGAUGUACGAAGCAGAUCCCUUUUUGGCUAAGCAGGAGAGAGAGAGCGCAGCAGCAGAUAUGGAAAAGAAGCGAAAGGAUCGCGCGGCCGCGCAGUCGAAAGAGAAAGAAAGCACAGUGCAAUUGGGACUCGGGCCCUCCGGUGGACAAACCCAGGGCAAGAGAUUCUGGUCAAACGCGCCGAAGGUCGAGAUGGGAAGUAAAGUGCGACGGGAUAUCGAGACGCUACUGCGACAACAUACUAUUUGGAAUCCUUAUAACGUGCAAAUAUCCGAGAAAGAGCGGAAAACCAUUGUUGAGGAAUUUGCGCAGUUGGGUUUCCGACGUAGCCACGUUGAAGAGGCAGCUGCGGCAUGCAAAGACCGUGAAGAAGUGCUCGAAUGGCUUCUAAUCUAUGUCCCAGAGGAUGAUCUUCCCCAAUGGUGUCUACCAGAGGGUUAUUCCGCUGGUGUAAGCCUGGCCAGUGAUGACCUUGCACGGGAGGGUAAAAUCAAACGACUCGCGUCUGCUGGGUAUCCAGCUGAUCUUUGCUCAUAUACGUUGGAUAGUAAAAAGGGAGACGAGGUUGCGACAGCAGAGUCCUUACAAAACACAUUAGUGCACGGAACAAAUCGCCCUUCAGAGCCCGCAUCCGAGGAUGAGGAUGCCUGGGCAGAGGAACAAGAUACCUUGGAAGCCAUCUUUGGAGAGCGCCACGUUCGGUCUUCGCCCAAGGUUUGUGAGAUCAAAAGUGAAACUCCAGGCUUGGAGGGAUCAGUAUCUUUUCGAUUUCAGAGACCUUCUGGACAUUAUCCCUCUGUGCCCCCGAUCAUAUCCAUUAUGGCAAAGGGCAUUCCUUCUUAUAUACGGCUCAGUGCGAUUCGUCAAGCAGUAAAAUAUGCCGAGGAGAUAUUUGUCGGUGAACCAAUGAUAUUCAAUAUCAUGGACUGGCUGGAAGCGCAAUUACCAGAGAUCAUAGAGAAUCCAGGGAAGCUACGGGACAUCUCGACAGUCACAGCGUCUCCAUCCACUACCGAGAGAACCUCAGAGCUUCCAAUUCGACAGUCAAGAAAGUCACGCAAAGGAGUCGACUGGCAACCGGGCACGCCGCAAAGCGUUUCGAUCCGAGAAGCGUGGGAAUCCAAGAGAUCAACCAAGGCCCAACGUGAGAUGCUUCAGAAACGAGAAUCGCUCCCUGCCUGGAAUACACAGGAUGCCAUCAUACACGCUGUGAAUACUCACCAGGUGACCAUCGUCUCUGGUGAGACAGGUAGCGGUAAGAGUACUCAAUCUGUCCAGUUCUUGCUGGACGACAUGAUCAAGCGUGACCUGGGUGGUGCGGCUAGCAUCAUCUGUACGCAACCUCGAAGGAUUUCGGCUCUUGGUCUUGCGGAUCGAGUAAGCGAUGAGCGAUGCGGCACUGUUGGUGACGAAGUUGGAUACGUGAUUCGAGGAGAAUCCAAGAUAAAAUCCGGGGCGACCAAGAUCACCUUUGUCACCACCGGUGUUUUGCUUCGCCGCAUGCAAACUGGCAGUGGACCAGACGGCAACGUCGCAAGCUCUCUCGCGGACAUCACACAUGUCGUGGUCGAUGAAGUUCACGAACGGAGUCUUGAUACCGAUUUCCUUUUGGCGCUUCUUAGGGACGUUCUUCGCUACCGCAAGGACAUCAAGGUCAUCUUGAUGAGUGCAACUCUUGAUGCGGAUAUUUUCAUCAACUACUUUGGCGGACGCCAAAAUGUUGGAUUAGUGAACAUUCCCGGGCGAACGUUCCCGGUCGAAGACUACUAUAUGGACGAUAUUGUCCGUGAUACUGGAUUUUCGUCGGAGCUGACUGAGCGCGACUUCGAUGAUGAUUCAGCCGUUGGUAUAACAAAUGACGACUCGCUAGGCAAGGUUCUUCGUAAGGUUGGCAUGGGCAUCAACUACGAAUUGAUUUCCGCCACCGUUCAAUACAUUGAUAGACAGCUUGGAGAUAACCCUGGAGGAAUCCUGAUUUUCCUUCCGGGUACACUUGAAAUCGACAGGUGUUUAGCCGCUGUGAGCAGACUUCCCGGCGUACAUCCGCUACCAUUGCAUGCAUCUCUUCUUCCAGCAGAGCAGCGGCGUGUUUUCCUGGCUCCACCCAAGGGAAAACGCAAGGUCAUUGCAGCCACCAAUGUCGCAGAGACAUCCAUCACUAUCGAGGAUAUUGUAGCGGUCAUCGACACUGGCCGCGUGAAGGAGACCAGCUUCGAUCCCAAGGACAACAUGGUCAGACUUCAGGAGGUGUGGGCAUCGCAAGCUGCUUGCAAGCAACGGCGAGGACGUGCUGGUCGUGUUAGGGCUGGUACCUGCUACAAGCUUUACACGCGCAAGGCCGAGGCCAACAUGGCGCAGCGGCCGGACCCUGAAAUUCGCAGAGUUCCGUUGGAACAACUGUGUCUAUCAGUCAAAGCAAUGAAGGGCAUUGAUGAUGUUGCCAAUUUCCUGUUUAACACGAUUACACCGCCAGAGAGCAUUGCUGUUGAGGGAGCGCUGAGCUUCUUGCAUCGCGUGGGUGCUUUGGAUCAUGACCGUUUGACGGCUCUCGGACGUUAUCUGUCGUUGAUCCCUGCCGACUUGCGAUGCGCAAAGCUCAUGGUGUACGGCUCUAUCUUCGGCUGUAUAGACGCCUGCGUCACCAUUGCCUCUAUUUUGACCGUGAAAAGCCCGUUCGUCUCGCCACGGGAGAAACGCGAGGAAGCCAAUGCCGCCAGAGCAAGCUUCUCACGGGGAGAUGGGGAUCUUUUGACGGACUUCGCAGCUUACCAUCAGUGGUCUGAGCGCGUAAAGACCAAUGGCUACUGGCAGACUCAAUCCUGGUGCUCAGUGAACUUCCUCUCCCAUCAAACACUGCGCGACAUCUCGUCCAACAGAGCCCAAUUCUUCACUUCACUAAAGGACUCCGGAAUCCUCCCCGUCAAUUACUCUGAAAACAGUAACAACGACACUUCAUCCCGCUUGAACCGCAACUUCAAGAAUUCGAACCUUCUCCGCGCCCUCGUUGCAGGCUCCUUCCACCCCCAAGUCGCCCAAAUCUCAUUUCCAGACAAGAAAUUCGCCAGCUCCGUCACGGGUACUGUGGAACUUGACCCUGACGCCCGAACGAUCAAAUACUUCAACCAGGAGAAUGGCCGCGUCUUCAUACACCCGAGCUCCAUCCUCUUCUCCGCCCAAGGCUACACCGGCGCAGCCGCCUAUAUCAGUUACUUCACGAAAAUGGCUACAAGCAAGGUUUUCAUGCGUGACUUGACUCCAUUCAACGUCUACGCCCUCCUCCUCUUCUGCGGCUCCAUUACCCUUGACACCGCGGGCCGCGGCCUAAUCGUCGACGGCUGGCUUCGUCUACGCGGAUGGGCCCGUAUCGGAGUCCUUGUUUCCCGUCUGCGCAUGGUGUUGGAUGAUAUGUUGGCUGCGAGAAUUGAUAACCCCAACAGUGGCAGUACCAGUACUACCACUACUUCCUCCGAUCGUCCGGAUGAGAAGGUCAUUGAAAUAGUGAAGCGUUUGGCUGAGUUUAAUGGGUUGGAUCAGUGAUUGUUGGAUGCAUUUUGGUGUGACGGAAUGGCAAAUUUCCCGAGGGGAUUGGAAGUCCCCAUGAUAUAUAAAAAUGAUUAUUUUAGAAGCCAUAGAGACCAAAGGAUAGAAGCUUCAUCAUGUACUUGAUUGCUGUAUCAGGGCGGUUUAUGCGUUUAGCGUGCCCUAUCAGUCACGGGACUCUGGAUACGACCUUCCAUUUCUCAGUCUCCCCGUCAAUGCAAACAUUGC